AUGAAGUCCAUCAUUUUGUGUCUGGUGUUUGUGCUGGCGUACGCAGGAGGUCAGCGGAUCACCACCAUCCAGCUGGACGGUGUGCAGUACUUCAUCAGCCGGAUGAACCCAUACUCGCCGGAGUUGAACUACUUCCUCGCCUACCAGUACUGCCGCUCGCUGGGACUGCAGCUGGCCUCGUUCGAGACAAAGGAGAAGGUAGAAUCGAUGACCGAGUACCUGCAGAAUGCCGGCUACGGCAAGUACAACUUCUGGACGUCCGGCAACCGGCUCGGGACGGGCAUGUUCCUGUGGAUGAGCACCGGUCUGCCGUUCAACGCCACGUUCGACUACUUCGAAAAGUCACCGGAAACCGUCGGCAUGGAUCCGCUCGACCACAACAGCAACACCUCCCCGCAGCGUACUGCCCGCGACAGCAGCAGCGGACUGCAGAAGGGAUGCGUGCACCUGAAGGCACCGAGCCUACGGUGGGCCCCGGAAGACUGUUCGGCGGUGAAAGAUUUCAUCUGCGAGCAAACGCGAUGCUACUACUACAACUACGGUAGCAUUCCGGUUUCGUCCGCGCAGGGGUAA